AUGCUGGACAUCGGUCGAGAGUCUCGAGAAGGCGCUAUUUCUUUCCAAGCGUCGAUCAAUAAUUGCGGUCGGACAAAGCAAUGGAACGCAGCACUGCGGUUGCUCCGCGAAGGAAUUCGAUUAGGUGUGCAACUCGUCCCAAGCCACUACAUCGCGACUGUCAGCGCAUGCAGAAAAGGCGGACAAUGGCAACACGCGCUGUCAGUGCUCAGUGAGAUGUGGGAGGCGAAACUGGAGCCCAACGUCACCUUCAGCUACAGCGCUGGGAUCAGCGCGUGCGAGAAGGGCCAGCAGUGGCAGCCGGCGCUGGCGUUCGCGUGCGAGAAGGGCGGGCAGUGGCAGCGGGCGCUGGCGCUGCUAAGCGAGAUGUGGGAGGCGAAGCUGGAGCCCAACGUCAUCAGCUACAGCGCCGGGAUCAGCGCGUGCGAGAGGGGCGACCAGUGGCAGCGGGCGAUUGCGCUGCUGAGCGAGAUGUGGGAGGCGAAGCUGGAGCCCAACUCAGCUACAGCGCUGGGAUCAGCGCGUGCGAGAAGGGCGAGCAGUGGCAGCGGGCGCUGGCGCUGCUGA